AUGGACUCGCCGAGGAGGAAUCGGAACCGCGCCGCCUGCCGCCGCUGCCAACGACGGAAGAUCCGCUGCGAUGGGCAGACUCCUCGCUGUGGGUCAUGCCAGAAGGCUAAAACUCCUUGUAUCAAUGAUGGCAAGCAACUUGUUCAGCGCUCGUAUAUCGCGAGCAUGGAGAAACGAAUACAAUGGCUGGAAUCACUAGUAAAAGAAAAUUGUCCAAACGCAGACUUGGAUGAACAGUCCAGAGACAACCUUGUCCAGGAGGAAGAGCCAGUCCUGAUCGAGGACCACGAGGAAACGUCUAUCCUUAGCCCUCAGAGAGAGCUUGCCCCAAGCGAGGAGCAGGGCUCGGGGCAGAGCAGACAGCAAUAUCAAAGUGGACCACCUCAUCCAUUGCGCUCUCUUUCUCGGAUGGAGUCUCGACAAGCCCAUGAGAUAGGACUUGUCUCGCUCUCACCCGGAGGCGAACCCCGCUAUAUUGGGCCUUCAAGCGGAUAUUUCUUUGCAAACCUCGUAUUCUCUAGUGCCGGUCGGCAUCAGAAGCGACGUAACGCUGCCAAUGAUUCCAUAGGUUUAUUAUCAGGAGAGUCGACCGCUCUCGCGGCAGAGAUUCUUCAUACACCCGCUUCUUUGCCCCCGCGACGGGAAACUGCUGUCGAAUUAUCAGCUAAAUACUUUGAAAGCAUUCACAUCAUGUAUCCAUUUUUGCAUCAGCCGUCGCACAUGAGCUAUAUAGAUCAAAUGUACUCGUCAGAAGAGGUCAGCCCAGUAGUGGCCUUUCAGGUGUACAUGGUUAUGGCUAUUGCUGCCACUGAUCUCUCACGGAGGUCAAAAGUUCGUCUGCCUGCUGAAGGAUAUUAUGCGACAGCAAUGCAGCAUUUUAGUAAUAUGUCUCCUGAUGGAACCUUGGGCGGAUUGCAGUCAUUGCUAUUGCUUAUGGUGUAUGGGUUCCACAACCCAUCUUGCGGAAUCAAUAUAUGGAACCUGAAUUACCAGUGCCUGGCUUCUCUUAUCGAUCUAGGGUUACAGCGGGACAUACGAAACACACCAUCUCUGAAAAUCUCUUUAUUGGAGCAGGAAAUGAGAACUCGGGUUUUCUGGGUGGUGUAUACGUUUGACCGGACGAUAGGGACCAUGAUGGGGCGACCGGUGGGUAUCCGGGAUGAAGCGUGCGAUCUGCGUCUUCCUAUGGACAUCUCGGACCUUGAGCUGAUGGGGCCUGAUGCCCAAGAAAGAUCCCCUGAACAGCCACCUUCUCAUAUAUCCUUUGGCAUACACUUAUUCAAAGCCGCCAGACUAAACUCGGAAAUCAAGUAUGUCAUGCAUAGUAUAUCACGAGAGCCACCAGCGUACGCCUACCCACCCAUUCGAGAUAUAUUCGUUUGGCAAAGGGAGAUGUUAGAGCGACUGCAAGCCUGGAAGGCCGAGACACCACAUACUGAUAAUACCAACAACAUGAACGUCAAGAUCUGUGAAAUCAAAUACCAUGAGAUGAUGAUACUAGUCUUGCGCCCCAGUCCUGCCAUUCCAGAUCCAUCCGAAGAUUCUUCCAUCUUAUGUUUUAGACACGCGAUGGAGCUCUUGGAAAGCUUCCGGGAGCUGUAUAAGCAUGACUCCCUGCAGUACAGCCGGCUGGUUGUUCAUUCAAUUUUUCUGGGGACACUUGUGGUGCUUCACAGCAUUUGGAAGUUGCCGGAUAUUUCUACAAACAUACGAAUAGAUGAGCUCUCAAAAAAUAUAACCACCGCCCUCAAUAUUCUGAGCAGUAUCGGCGAAUAUUGGCUUGAAGCCCAGAGAGCUAGGGACUGCAUUGAUGACAUCUCAGGUGUGACUAUGAGGCGACUUUUGAAAAGUCGAGGUUCAGCGGAGUCAGCGGCUACUCCUCGGCUUCGUUCAAGAGUACGAGCUAUGAAUCAUAUGCAACAAAGUUCUAAUGUCUCUUCCCAGUUGCCUUUGGGACAAGACACAACAAACCAGCAACAGGAGCUCAUAGACUUGGAUACAAACCCAACCGGCUUUGGUGAUUUCAACGUAGGGUUUCCAGAAGCUACACUUGAUCAAUCGGACUCAUUACAACUGUUUGGAGACCCCGCAUUCGAGGAGUCUUUUGGAUUGACUGGUGUACCAGAUUUUGAUGGCCUCAUGUGGGAACUUUUCAACCUUUCGUGA